GUCCCAGGCAGCGCGGGAGCAGCGCACGCCUCGCCCCGCGCCCCGCGCCCGGCGCCGUCGCCACGCCCACUUCCUGCCCCAUCCCGCGCCUUUCCAGGUCCCUCUCCCGGUGAACCGGAUGCUCCGUCAGUCUCCUCCUCUGCGUCCUCGGCUGCCGUCCGGGUCCCUCGCGAAGCCGCUGCCACCCCCCGAGGGCCCAGCCAGGGGGCUCCCGGAGGCGGGCCUGGCAGGUGCGCAGCGCGGAAGGAGCUGGGCGCGCACGGUUACCGCGCGUGGAGGAGACACUGCCCUGCAGCCAUGGGUGCCAGGGGCGCUCCUUCACGCCGGAGGCAGGCGGGGCGGCGGCUGCGGUACCUGCCCACCGGGAGCUUCCCCUUCCUCCUGCUGCUGCUGCUGCUCUGCAUCCAGCUCGGGGGAGGACAGAAGAAAAAGGAGAAUCUUUUAGCUGAAAAAGUAGAACAGUUGAUGGAAUGGAGUUCCAGACGCUCAAUCUUCCGAAUGAAUGGUGAUAAAUUCCGAAAAUUUAUAAAGGCACCACCUCGAAACUAUUCUAUGAUUGUUAUGUUCACUGCUCUUCAGCCUCAGCGGCAGUGUUCUGUGUGCAGGCAAGCUAAUGAAGAAUAUCAAAUACUGGCUAACUCCUGGCGCUAUUCAUCUGCUUUUUGUAACAAACUCUUCUUCAGUAUGGUGGACUAUGAUGAGGGGACAGAUGUUUUUCAACAGCUCAACAUGAACUCUGCUCCUACAUUCAUGCAUUUUCCUCCAAAAGGCAGACCCAAAAGAGCUGAUACUUUUGACCUUCAAAGAAUUGGAUUUGCUGCUGAACAACUUGCAAAGUGGAUUGCUGACAGAACGGAUGUUCAUAUUCGGGUUUUCAGACCACCCAACUACUCUGGCACCAUCGCCUUGGCCUUGUUAGUGUCGCUGGUUGGCGGUUUGCUGUAUUUAAGAAGGAACAACUUGGAGUUCAUCUACAACAAGACUGGUUGGGCCAUGGUGUCUCUGUGUAUAGUCUUUGCCAUGACUUCUGGCCAGAUGUGGAACCAUAUCCGGGGACCUCCAUAUGCUCAUAAGAAUCCACACAAUGGACAGGUGAGCUACAUUCACGGGAGCAGCCAGGCCCAGUUUGUGGCAGAGUCACAUAUUAUCCUGGUACUGAAUGCUGCUAUCACCAUGGGGAUGGUUCUUCUAAACGAAGCAGCAACUUCCAAAGGGGAUGUUGGAAAAAGACGGAUCAUUUGCCUAGUGGGAUUAGGCCUAGUGGUCUUCUUCUUCAGUUUUCUACUUUCAAUAUUUCGUUCCAAGUACCAUGGCUAUCCUUACAGUGAUCUGGACUUUGAGUGAGAAGAUGUGAUUUGGACCAUGGCACUUAAAAACUAUAACCUCAGCUUUUUAAUUAAAUGAAGCCAAGUGGAAUUUGCAUAAAGUGAAUGCUUACCACAAGAUAAACUGUUCCUGACAUUGUUAUUUUGAAUUCUCGAGUUUAUUUCUUUGCUCAUUGUGAUUGCUGGCUUAUUCUUUGUAUUUUUUUUUAAGUGUGGAUUUUCUGAGUAAAUUUAAUUUAUAGAAAUGAUGGUAACAUUUCCUAUGUACAAAGGAAACAUUGACGUGUUUUUAAGCCUAUUAUAUGACUCAGUGUAUGCCACAGGAUUGAAAUAAAUGACAGUGUAAUUAUGAAUUCAUGUUUUAGAACCAUUUACUCAUUAGUAAAGGAAACCACGGUGUUUGCAAAAGGAAUCCGUGAAAUGUAUGUUAAAGAAUGCUUAGUGUUAUGCCAGGAUAGAUCAUAUGCAUGAAACUAUGCCAUGUACUGAAAAUUACAUUUACUGCAGUUUCAGUUAUAAAGACAUGCAUUGUUCAAAUAGUGUUUUGUUCUUAUUAAUCAUAACUAUAUAGAGGUGUACAAAAUAGGGACUGGGAUGAAUGAUGCCGACAGCUUAGGGGCCUCACCUGGGAAAAGGAGCUUCUUCCUGAGAUUUAAAUCUAAACCACACAUUCAUGAAAUCAACAUUCCUCAAAGGAAUCAGGCAGUGGAAACAAGACACCACAACUAGGAAUUAAUAUGUCUCUAGCUUUGGAAGUGCCAUCUGGGAGUCUAGACUAACAAGAGCAAACCUAACCCUCUGUGGCCACUUGCCUUUUGCGUUUCAUGGAAGCUGCUUGCAUCAAAAGCUCUUUUUCCGAAUCUAGACAAAGGGUUAGUUGUCCUGGGAUGAGUGAGUAACUCAGUGAAGCUUUUUUGAGAUCCAGAUACCAGAGUUUAAACAUUAUUAUAUUUGUAUUUUAGUUUGUAAGGCACUUUGACAGACAUUAUUUGUUCCUCAUCUUUGUAAAUUAGACAGGAAGUAAGUUUUUUUCCUGGCUUGUAAAAGUAAUGGAAGCUAAAAGC